AAUUCUAAUUCCAAUUCCACAAUUAAACGGGUCCAAACGCGGAUCUAAUAUGGAUCAAAAAUUAAAAUCGGGUCAAGGGUAUCGGCACCCCUCUCUUUCUAUCUAACUCACCAUUUUUCCUCAGCCGCAGGUGCUCUGCUCUCCACCAUCGCUUCCACCUGCAACCCUUUCCCACCACCGUCUCCCCCCUGCCUUCCGUUUCUCUGGCCACUCAUUUGGUCUAGAUCCAAAUGAAUCUGACAACGAUGGGAGAACUGCCCUGCAUAUAGCUGCAUCAAAAGGAAACGAGAAUUGUGUGCUACUGCUUCUGGAUUUUGGAGCGGACCCCAACAGCAGAGAAUUUGGAUAUUGACAUGGAUAAAGAAGGAGACGAGCAAAAAGCAAAAAAGAGAAAAGCGGUAGUUGCAAAUUAUAUGGUAACAAUAGCUACAUUAGUAGUUUGGUGGCAUGAGAAACAUAUAGUAAAGGAGCCUUACUUGGACUUUAAAGUAGCACGUGAAAUAUAUCUAAGGCGUCUUUACUAUGGAAACAAUAGAGUUUGUGUAGAGCAACUUAGACUCAAUAAACAUUGUUUUACUGUUUUAUGUACAAAUUUAAGAGAGCAUUGUGGGUUGACGGAUACUAGAAAUAUUACUGUUGAAGAGGCAGUUGCAAUGUUUCUCUAUGUUCUUGCUCAUAAUUUUAAGAAUCGCACUGUCAAUUUUAAUUUCAUAAGAUCAGGUGAGACAGUUAGUCGAUACUUUAAUAUAGUUCUACGUGCUAUCAUAAAAUUGGGGAGACACUAUCUUAUCCAGCCUGAAUCGGAAAUGGAAGGUUACGAGCAUGAAAAGUGGGAAUGGUUUCAGGAUUGUCUUGGAGCGUUAGACGGUACUUAUGUUAAAGUACAUGUUCUUCUUAGAGAUCAAGGAAGAUAUAGGAAUAGGAAGAAUGAGAUAGCAACAAAUGUUUUAGGUGUAUGCUCCCGUGACAUGAGAUUUACAUAUGUAUUGCCUGGAUGGGAAGGUUCUGCAGCAGAUGGUAGAGUUCUACGGGAUGCGUUAGUUAGAUCAGAUCCAUUAAUUGUUCCCAAGGGCAAGUACUUUCUUGUUGAUGCGGGUUAUGCAAAUAGCUCCGGUUUCUUAGCUCCAUAUAGGGGAGUUAGAUAUCAUCUUAGCGAGUGGUCUGCUAAUGGGAGCAAGCCUCAAAAUUUUAAAGAGUUAUUCAACCUUCGACAUUCAAUUGCUCGAAAUGUGAUUGAAAGGACAUUUGGUUUGUUCAAGAAGCGGUGGGCCAUUUUGAGAGAUGCAUCUUUUUUUGAUGUUAAGACUCAUGUCAUGAUAAUUAAUGCAUGUGCCAUCCUUCAUAACCUUAUUCGAGUAGAACAACCAAAUGACCCUUACUUGGAUGAAGUUGAUGCUGAGAUGCGAAGAGUACAACAUGAGGUUGAUGAUGAAGAUGAAAUGGAAGAUGAAGAUGAGGAAAAUGGAAUGGAAGAUGAUGGUCCAAAUAAUGAUGGUGGUGUAAAUGCUGUUAACGAGAAUCGAAUUCGAACAGUACAACCAACUAGCGAGUGGACACAAUUUAGGAAUGCUUUAGCACGAGCAAUGUUUAUUGACUAUCAAAUUAGACAAGGCCAUCAUGGAAGUUGAAAUUUGAUAGGAAUUUAUUCGAACUUAAUUUCAUAUUAGAAUGGCCAUUUAUUGAAAAA